UUUUUUUCCUCUUGUUCUUAGAUCUUUAAAUUUUCUCUUCUUAUAUACUCCUUUUUUCUUUUUAUUAUUAUAUGGAUACUACUACCUCUACAACAAAAAAUAUUGGUAAAGGUCCUAUCUUUGUAACAGGUGCUGAUGGUGAUAAAGGCAUUGCUAUCGUUCAACAAUUAGUCAAUCUUCCCAGUCAACAUAAACAUCUUCCUGAAUAUCCUGUUUAUGGUGGUUUAGCUGAUGCAACUACUACUCGUGCUCAAACUUUGGAAAAAAUAGGUGCCAAAGUUGUUGCUUUUGAUAUCUUUAGUGAACCCCAUAAAGCAACUGAAGCUCUACAAGGUGUGGCCAAGUUAUGUUUACUGAUUGAUCCUCUUAAUGAUCGAAUGACUCGAAACAAUGUCCUUCAAUUUGGAAAAACUUUCAUUGAUGCAGCCAAAGAAGCUAAUGUCAAUCAUAUUAUAUUUUUAUCUCCCUUUUCACCCAAAGAUCCGUCUCCUUUGCUGAAUGAUGACGUUGAUGACGACAACAACAAUAAUAAUAUGUGUCUUCAUAGGCCUUCAUUCUAUUAUCAAUUCAUGUGUAUUGAAUCUUAUUUGUUACAACAAUUAGAUCAAGAUCGUGUGACCAUUCUACGUUAUCCUGGUAUCCUGCAUCAACAUCUUAUGGUAUUCCGUCAUUAUGUUGCCGAACAUGACGCUUUUCCUUUAUUGGAUUUGGAUUAUACAGUGGAAUCAUGCAACUUGACCGAUAUCGCACGUGCUACGGGGUAUAUUGCCCAUUCGCCUACACCACGACAUGCUGGAGAUAUCUAUAAGAUUACUGGACCACAAUUAUUGACUCUUCAUGAAGUUAGUCAACGUAUGUUCUCUGGAUUACAACGCAAUCAUGCUGUGAAUCGAAUGGACUUGACAACUUUACGACAAAUUCUUUAUGAUAGUGUUCGGAACGAUGAUCAUGUUGGAUUCUUGUUGGAAAUGUGGGGAUUACAACAAAAGAAACGCCGGUUUGAAAUCACUCGCGAUUUGGAACUCUUGACUGGAAAAAGCGGGAUUUUGUUGAAAGAAUUCUUUGAAGAUGAUCAAGUUCGUGACUCGUUCAAGAAAUCAAAUCCUUCCAUUGCCUAAAUGAACUUUGGCUCAAUCUUUCUUUGUGGUUUCCCUUUUUAGUAUAUCCAUUCAUUCUUUUACUUUUUUUUUUCUUUGUUUGCACAUAUCUUUAUCUCUUCCUUUUGUACAUAUUUUUAAUUCAAUAAAAAUCCAUCUUUGUCUUUUUUUUUUAUA